GUCAGUCCGGUAUCCAUCUAUGGGUAAAGGAAGAAGGCAAGAGAACCGGUGGUGGCCCACGAUGCAUCGGGGCCUUAUAAAGAAGCCGCACCAGUGAGGGAUUUUGUUUUUGGAGGGAGAGUGUGUUGUUGAGAGUAAUCUGUGUUUGGCGCUAUGGAAUCACUGACUUCGUCUAGUCGGCGAUCCUCUUCAUCCUAUCGCUCCUCGGCCCGCUACAGCUCCUCCAGUAGUUUUCGGUCAGAGAGCUCACGGGCUGGAUCUGGGGACUCCCUGGAUGCUCUUUUAGAGCCUUUUCUUGACUCGGCGAAUUCAUCCGACAUGUUUUGCGAAGAGGACCAGGGGGGGCUCACUUGCCAGGCUCCGUUUGGCAGGCAAGACAGAUCCUCCUAUGUACACAGUGCUCCAGCGGGUGGAGGUGUGCAACGUGUAGGAGAUAGCUACUACGUGUCCGCCGAUGUCAGCCAGUUUGAGCCGCAUGACGUUGUGGUGAUGGCUUAUAACCAUCAUGUUGUCAUUCACGCUCAGAAGGUCAUGGAUGACGGGAGCGUCAGUGACACAUUCACCCAUAAGUCUCAGUUCCCAAAGGACAUGAAUCCUCUUUCCGUCUGUGGGACCUUUCACCAUGACGGUGUUUUGACUGUGAGUGUCCGCCAGACCAACUCGACAGAUGGCCGGGAUCUUCUGGCAAACCCUACAUAUCGCAGCGAAGCUCACCUAUGACCACAGACUUAAAAGUUUGGCUUCGAUCUCGGCUUCUGUUGUGUUGGGAGACAUAUCGCAAUCUUGUAACCGGUAAUUCUUCUUAAUUUUUGCUUCUGAUCCACUAUAUACACUGAGCACAUGAAAAACAAAAACAAAAUGAAAAUGAAUUAAUUUGCCCUUUUAUUCAUUAUUUUUGUCAAACGAUUUCAUAUUUUAUUUCCUUGAUUAAACAAACGUGC